AUGUUUCGAAGUAAAUCGAGUGAUAAAUCCAAAGAUGCAAGAGCGUGUUAUACAGCUGGUACAAACAUAAAUAAAUGUUGUUAUUUAGAUUUGAAAUCAAAUAGUGGAGUGUUCGGUGUCUCUUUGUCUCAAUGUAUUGAUGAUGAUGAUCGUUUGUCAAGUGGUCGAACGGAGGAUGAUUUAAGAAAAGAUAGUUUAGAUUUAGCCACACCAUUGGCAAUACGUACAAGUCCUAGUGGAAGUGUUUCGUCAACUAGUUCAGCAAAAGAUAGUGGUUGUUCCGUAUCACCAGCAAGUCCAAGUAGUUUACAGGUAUCGGAUUCUGAUUAUGAAAAUACAAAAAUUCGAUCAGUAUCAUUAGAAGCCUUAAGUGGUCAAACACAAUCUGGAAAAAACACGUCAGCAACAGCCUUGAAUCGUUGCAAAACGCUCCGCUGUUAUCCAGAAAAAGUUCCAUAUAUAAUUAAGAACUGUUGUGAGCAUCUUGAACGAAAUGCUUUGCAAACAAUUGGAUUAUUUCGUGUGGGCGUUUCGAAAAAACGUUUAACUGAGGUCAGCAUUGAGCAAGUGAAUUUAAGUCGUAGUUUAAAUUUUGAUUCAACAACAAAUGCACAUGAUGUAGCGGGUUUAAUAAAAGAAUUUCUCCGUGAACUGCCGGAACCAUUGAUGACAAAAGAACUCUGUUCAUCUUUUCUAGCAAUUCGUUCGAAAAUGAACGUUAAAGAUCAAUCAAAAAUCUUAGGUUAUCUAAUUGCAUUACUUCCAUCAUCAAAUCGUGACACACUUUACACAUUAUUAAAAUUUCUUCACAUAGUAUCACUAAAUGCACAUGACAGACAAUAUAACGGAAAAUUUAUUCCCGGCAAUAAAAUGGAUUCUCAAAACUUAGCCAUCGUAUUUGCACCAACAAUUUUAUUAGAUGGAAAAUCAGUUACGAAAGACAUGAGUGUUGCAUAUAUGGAACAAGCAAAAGAUGUGCUGCAAAUGAUGAUCGAUCAAUAUAAAGAUUUGUUUAUAAUUUCUCGAGAUUUACACAAUGAACUAUUAAAUACUUUAUGUGAAAUGAAUAGCGAACAACUCGUGCGCGCGUUAGCGUUUAAAGUAAAAAAUGUUUGUGGUAUUAUUACAAUUCAAUUAGAUGAAAAUGAUGAACGGGAAUUAUCUUCACUCGAUUUACUACCGCUAUUUUAUGAUUCACCGAACGUCGGUAUUUUCAGUUCAAUUAUUCCAACACGUGCUCAACCGCCAUCACUUCGUUAUAAUUUACGUCGCAAUAGCGAUUUUCCCUACUCAACUAUUCACACAUCUCGUUCAUCAGAAUUUCUUCAAGUUCCAUCAUCAUCGUCAGCACAACGUUUAAGUCAAUUAAAUACAAAUAAAACGACUACUGUUAACACACAAACACGUUUACCAACUGUAAGAGAUAUUCGAGAAGCCAGUAUGGAUCAAAUUAUUUUUAGACUUAUUGAACCGCCCACUGAACAACGUCAUCCAACAGAACCAAUCAUCAGUGUCACAUCAUUUGAUGAUGUUAACGAUACAACAACACCUCUAACAAGUAUCACAAUGUACGAUCAAAAUCGUCGUCUAAUUAUUCGUCCAAAUUCGUUGAACAUAAAUGGGAAAGAAACAUUAGCCAUUGCUCAAUCAUCUACAUCCGCUUCUUCACCCUCUUCCGAAUCUCAGCAAAAUACUAAUAAUAACACGUUGAGUUUAAGAGAAAUAAAACCUUACGCUCGUUCAAAGACAGCACCACUCUCUCCAGGUCAUUAUUUAAGUCCGAGAACUCAACGAGAAUCAGCGACAAGUGCUAAGAAUUUAUGUGGCUCAUCAACAGACGAAUCGCCAUCACCAUUAAGUGCAACAAAACAGAGUGAAUUGACUAUAACACUCGUUUGA